GACAUCUAACGGAGGACUGAAGAUUAAAGUCUGAAGGCAUCUUAACAAUAAACGCUAGUCAUGGAGAAAAAACACUUUCAAGAUCUCCAGGAGCUCCAGCACACUCAGCUCAACAAACUGGCAAUCAGUCAGUGUCCAGUAUCAAUCAAUGUGAGAAACUUCCAGAAUGGCUCAAGACACCAGGACACCCUUCACCACCGAGCUGUCAAAAAUCAAUCUUGCAAACCCAAAGUGUGUGAGGGUCCAAUUAUGAAUCCAAAGUCUCUAAUCCGCUGCCCCCCUGUUUCCCCACCGGCCCCCAAUGAGCUGCUCACUGAGGCCAUCGACCUUAUCAACCAGUACUACAAAUCCUUCAAAACGCCUAAAAUAGAGGAGCACUUGGCCCGUGUUGAUGAGGUGGUCCGAGAGAUUGAUGCCACAGGAACCUAUCAGCUCACCACAGAAGAACUAGCGUUUGGUGCCAAACAGGCAUGGAGGAAUGCUCCGAGGUGCAUUGGCAGGAUUCAGUGGGCUAAUUUAAAGCUGUUUGAUGGACGUAAAAGCAAGACGGCAGAGGACAUGUUCCAGCUCCUGUGUGCUCAUCUCAAAUUUGCCACCAAUGGAGGCAACCUGAGAUCAGCCAUCACUGUGUUUCCACAAAGAAGUGAUGGAGAGCAUGAUUUCCGUGUCUGGAACAGUCAGCUCAUCAGAUAUGCUGGCUAUCAGAUGGAAGACGGCAGUGUGAUAGGGGAUCCUGCUAAUGUGGAAUUCACAGAGCUUUGUGUCCAGCUCGGAUGGACACCAAAGUAUGGCCUCUUUGAUGUGCUGCCACUGGUCCUACAGGCUAAUGGAGCGGAUCCAGAACUAUUUGAGAUUCCUCCAGAGUUGAUUCUAGAGGUUCAGAUUGAGCAUCCUCAGUAUGAGUGGUUCAAAGAUCUGAACCUCAGGUGGUAUGCCGUGCCUGCUGUUGCCAACAUGUUACUGGAGAUUGGUGGUCUUGAGUUUACAGCAUGCCCCUUCAAUGGCUGGUACAUGGGCACUGAGAUCGGCGUGAGGGACUUCUGUGACUCACAGCGCUACAACAUUCUGGAGCGAGUUGGUCACUAUAUGGGCUUGGAGACACACAGGCUGUCCUCAUUGUGGAAGGAUGAGGCUCUGGUUGCUAUCAAUGUUGCUGUAAUUCAUAGUUUCCAGAAAAAUAAGGUGACCAUCACUGACCACCACUCUGCAGCUGAGUCCUUCAUGAAGCACAUGGAGACUGAAGUGCAUCUGCGUGGGGGCUGUCCCGCUGACUGGGUCUGGCUGGUGCCACCCAUAUCUGGCUCUCUGACCCCAGUGUUCCACCAGGAGAUGAUCAGCUACAUCCUCUCCCCAUUCUUCUACUACCAGCCUGACCCCUGGCUAACAUAUAUAUGGAAAGAUGAAAUGAGAAGACAGAACAAACGGAAAAGAAUCAGCUUUAAAGGUCUGAUAAGGGCUGUGGUCUUCUCUCAAACACUCAUGCAAAAAGCUUUGGAGAAGAGAGUGUCUUGCACCAUUCUUUGUGCUACUGAAACAGGGAAAUCACAGACUUUUGCCAAGAAACUCAAGUCAGUGCUCAACUGCGCCUUUAACCCCAGGCUGCUGUGCAUGGAGGACUAUGAUUUCCAUGAGCUUGAGAAGGAGCAUCUUCUGAUAGUGGUGACCAGCACCUUUGGCAAUGGAGACUGUCCAGGAAAUGGAGAGAGUUUCAAGAAACACCUUUUCAGCAUUAAAAACCUCCAAAAUAAACUCAGGUACUGUGUUUUCGGCCUGGGUUCUCGAAUGUACCCGCAGUUUUGUGCGUUUGCCCAUGCUGUGGAUGACAAGCUUGCAGAGUUGGGAGCCAAGCGUGUGACUGCCAUAGGAGAGGGAGAUGAGCUGAAUGGGCAGGAAGAGGCUUUCUCCGCCUGGGCUUGCUCUGCAUUCAAGGCUGUGUGUAAGGAGUUUGGCAUUAAGGGUCAGCUGUCAGGCGCUGAGCAUCUAACAGACAGCUGGGAACCUCAGAAGUACAGAGUUCAACCUGAUAGUUCCACCUUGGACCGUAUCUCAGCUCUCUCAGUGCUACACUCGAAGACUGUGUUUCCUAUGAAGCUGAAGAGGAGGAAGAACUUACAAAGUGCACAGUCAAGACAUUCUACUAUUCUGGUAGAGCUGCAGAUAGAUGGAGGAAAAGACAUUCUGAACUAUGCUCCAGGGGAUCAUGUAGGUGUUUUCCCAGGCAACUCACCUGAGCUGGUCACUGGCAUUCUGAAGCACCUUGCUGAUGCUCCUCCCAUCAAUCAGAGCCUCCGUCUUGAGUACCUCCCUGACUCCUGUUUAGGGGGUGAAAAGUGGCAGACGGAUUCACGUAUCCCAGCAUGCCCUCCGGCCAAAGCUCUCACAUACUUUCUGGAUAUUACCACUCCACCAUCCCAAAGCUUCCUGCGCAAACUCUCACAAAUGACCAAGCAGGAAAAUGAUCGACAGCGACUGCUGACUCUUGCAAAGGACUUCAAAAGUUACUCAGAAUGGAAGGAAUUCAGUAGGCCCAACUUCCUAGAGGUCCUGGAGAAGUUCCCAUCCCUGGAGGUCUCUCCAGCCUUCCUUCUCAGUCAGCUGCCCCUGCUGAAGCCCCGCCUCUACUCCAUUAGCUCCUCCCCUGACCUCCACCCACAUGAGCUCCAUCUCACUGUGUCUGUUAUAAGCUACUGCACCCAGGAUGGGCAGGGUCCUCUGCAUCAUGGUGUCUGCAGCACGUGGCUCAACACCCUCAAAGAAGGACAAAUUGUGCCCUGCUUUAUUCAUGGAUCUAGUAGUUUCCACCUUCCAUCAGAUCCCAGUUCUCCUACUAUUCUAAUUGGAGCUGGCAGUGGCAUUGCCCCCUUCCGCAGCUUCUGGCAACAGCGCUUCCACGACAUGAAAAAGACAGGUCUGAAAGGAAGUCCAAUGAUGCUGGUGUUUGGCUGUCAUGGCGCAGACACAGAUCACCUGUAUAAGGAGGAGACUUAUGACAUGAAAGAAAACGGCACCCUGAAGAGCAUCACUCCAGCAUACUCUCGCCAGUCUGGUCACCCCAAGGUAUAUGUUCAAGAUGUCCUGAAGAAGCAGCUUAGUGAGGAGGUUUGGCAGGUCCUUCAUAAUGGUGGUCAUGUGUAUGUGUGUGGAGGCAUGAACAUGGCCCGAGACGUAGCACACACCAUACAGGAGAUACUGGUUAGCCGACUGGGCAUAACUUUGACAGAUGCUGGAGGAUAUCUGGAACAACUAAAGGCUGAGAAGAGGUACCAUGAGGAUAUCUUUGGAGGUUAGUUGUAGACCUCUUCACCACACUGGAGUAGUGGAUCUACUCACCUGAGAGAAACACAGUGAAAGAUGAAAUGACUCACAGAGCUUACAGCCUCAUGUCAGA